AUGCUUCCCACCAAUCGCCCACCCGACCCAAACCGCUUGUCCGACGUGCGUUCCGCGGACAACACGAACAUGAUGGAAGACUUGGAAGUCCAUCUCCCUUCUCGCCCGGUCACCAAACCCCCUGUGUCUAGCCUUCACAUUCUGCUCACCACGGCGCUUAGCGAACGCGACGAGAAUGGCGCGGUCACGCUCGACGCCAGAUUCGUGGACCUACUGCUGGAACUCUCGGAGAAUAACGAGAGAAUGAUCCGCCGUCUGGAGGCCACCGUCGAUCAGCUUAACGCCAAGGUCGAUGCUAAAGUUGACCCUAUCGCCAAGAAGAUGGCCGAGUUCGAGAAGAUCUUCAAAUCUGGUUCCAAGCCGGCGGCUGUCGCAUCCAAAUCUUUCGCGUCUGUGACUUCAGCAGGCCUUACUGGUUCAAUCCACGCGCCGAACGUGCCGAACACGCGUCCCCCACCCGCUCAGACCAUCGCAUCGCUCAAACCGAAGAGAGUGAUCAUCCACUCGAACCCGGCGAACACCACCCUCAAGGACGUGCCCAAAGGAGCUCUGGUCCAGAGGGCUAAUGAGGCGCUCAUCAAGCUCGACGCAAAAGUUGACGGAGAAUCUGUAGCCAUCCGUGGCGCCAGCAUGCUGCCGUCAGGGGAUGUUUCUUUUUACACCAAGAAUCGGGCCCACCAGAAAUGGUUGAUGACCAACAAGCACGUGUGGUCUAAGGAGGUCCAUCCGGAUCUUGAAGCCACCCCAAGCACAUACUCGGUAAUGGCGCACGGCAUUCCCAAGACGUUCGACAUCAGCAAACAGGCGAAUCUGAACCUCCUUGCUUCCGAGAACAGUUUCCAGGCGUCGGAUUUGACUCGAGUUCGCUGGAUGGGUUCGAACGAACCAUCGGCCAAGAAAGCAGGCUCCUUGGUGCUUUCUUUUGUCAACAAAGAUCUGGCAUACCGCAUUGAGCAGUCUGGCAUAUUUUUGAAUUUCGAUUUCCACCGCACUGAACGCUUCAAGCCCCGUCCCCCCCAGUGCUUCAAGUGCCUGCGAAUGGGACACUUCGGCAAGUGGUGCCGAGAGGAGGCCCGUUGCGCGAGAUGCGCGGGCAAACACCCAACUAACGAGUGCCCUGAUGGCAUCGGAGGAGUCAAGACGUGUGUGUUAUGCACAGCAGGCCUCAAGAACAACAUCCCCGGUGUCAACAGCACUGAACACACCCCCUUCAGCAUGACAUGCCCUUACAAGAAGGCAUGGUUCGACAAGAAGCCCUUACCGUCUCAAUGA